ACUGGCUGUGGGAUGGGAAGUGAAGCCCCAGCGAGCGGCUGCGGCGGGGCUGUGCAGAGCAGCCGGCGGGAGGCGGCGGCGCGGCGGUGAGCAGUCGAGAGCACGGAGCCGGGCGGAGGGAGCACCUGCAGGCACAGGCGGCGGCUCCACCAUGGCGAUUCGCAAGAAGAGCAACAAGAACCCGCCGUUGCUGAGCCACGAAUUCGUGCUGCAGAAUCACGCGGACAUCGUCUCCUGCCUGGCGAUGCUCUUCCUGCUGGGGCUUAUGUUUGAGAUAACAGCAAAAGGAGCCAUCAUCUUUGUUGCUCUUCAGUAUAAUGUUACCCACCCUGCAACAGAAGAACAAGCUACUGAAUCAGCAUCCCUAUAUCACUAUGGUAUCAAAGACUUGGCUACAGUGUUCUUCUACAUGCUAGUGGCGAUAAUUAUUCACGCCAUAAUUCAGGAGUAUGUGUUGGAUAAAAUUAACCGACGGAUGCACUUCUCCAAAACGAAGCACAGCAAGUUUAAUGAAUCUGGUCAGCUCAGUGCAUUCUACCUUUUUGCCUGUGUGUGGGGCACAUUCAUUCUCAUCUCUGAAAACUAUAUCUCAGACCCAACUAUCCUGUGGAGAGCAUAUCCCCAUAACCUGAUGACCUUUCAAAUGAAGUUUUUCUACAUCUCCCAGCUGGCAUACUGGCUCCAUGCGUUCCCUGAACUCUACUUCCAGAAAACCAAAAAAGAAGAUAUUCCUCGUCAGCUCGUCUACAUUGGUCUUUACCUUUUCCAUAUUGCAGGAGCUUAUCUUUUGAACUUGAACCAUCUGGGCCUUGUUCUUCUGGUGCUGCACUAUUUCGUUGAAUUUCUUUUUCACAUUUCUCGUCUCUUUUAUUUUAGUGACGAGAAGUAUCAGAAAGGGUUUUCUCUCUGGGCAGUUCUCUUUGUUUUGGGAAGACUUCUGACCCUAAUUCUUUCAGUUCUUACUGUUGGCUUUGGCCUGGCAAGAGCGGAGAGUCAGAAGCUGGAUUUGAGUACUGGAAACUUCAACGUGUUGGCUGUUAGGAUCGCUGUUUUGGCGUCCAUUUGCAUCACACAAGCCUUCAUGAUGUGGAAGUUCAUUAACUUCCAGCUUCGGAGAUGGAGGGAACAUUCUGGCUUCCAGGCCCCACCUGUGAAAAGGAAACUGGCUGUGACCAAAGGCAGGUCUUCCAGAAAAGGAACAGAGAAUGGUGUGAACGGCACAGUCACAUCCAAUGGAGCGGACUCUCCUCGGAACAGGAAAGAGAAGUCUUCGUAAUGGAUCGGAAACUGACCGAUUAAUGUCCCCCAAAGAAUCUGCUUUCUACUCUUAUCUUUCAGCAGUAGCAAUUUUUCUUUUCUUGAAAAUGCAGUUUAUGCUCUCUGUUUCUGCUGUCGCACUGUUCCUGCAUCAUAAAGGGCGUUGAGGGGAGGGUGAUCACUCUGAGUGAGAACAUAUUUUAGCUUAGACUCAACUAUCUGCCUUCAAAAUAGUUUGGGGACCACCUUUCAUUUUUCUUUUUCUUGUUUGUUUGUUUGUUUGUUUUGCUUUGCUUUUUAUCUUUACCAUUUUUUUCAAAUGAUUUGGGGAGAAACCAUUUACAAACCCCUAUAUAACCAGUGAACAUUUUUCUUGCUCUCACCAAUUUUUUUACAAUAUUAUAGCAAGGUGACCUAUUCUAAGAAGGUCAUAUUUUUUAAGUUGUCUUUCAGGGUAAAAUGGAAAUACUAUGAAGUCAGAUGUCAAACUUUUAAUGUUUUCAGUGUUCUCUAAUUUUUAGGAGUUUUUUGUAGCCUUUACACCUGAAAAAAGAAAAAAAGAUUUGUAAAAUCACCAAAAUAAGUGUGCACUUUAUUUUCUAAGUCGUGGUUGUACACGUUACAUCCCAUUAAAAAGUACUGAUAGCUAAUGCAAGAUUUAUUGCGGUCUAUUGGAGCAGAAGUCUUAUUAACAUAAAGAAGUGAAGUACUUAGGAAGUGAAGUGAACUUUUUGUGCAUUUUGGACAUUUAUCAGCUGGCAAUCAGAAAAUGUUUACUGUGAAGAGGAAUAUUCAACUUCCAUAGCCCUUUUUGAUAUGUUUAAUAAUGGUUUUUAAUGGGACUUGUUGUAAGUUUGAUAUGCAUAGCAUCUUAACCUGCAAGCCCUUUUAAAAAGUAAUGCCUGCUUGAUUUCUAUCUAUAAAAAGAGGUGUCAGGUAAUUAUAUUUGGGAAACUAAUGCACUAACUUUAAAGAAAUUGAAAAUUCAGGUGGACAGUCUUAGCAGAAGACGUGCUUUAUGUUAUAGUAUAGCUUUGGACCCAUCUUUAGUUGAGAAACGUUUAUCUGUAUAAAACAUAUUUUUGGAUAAAUAUAUAUAUAUAUAUUUGUAUCUACAGAAAGGCUCUACAAAGCAUUUGAGUAAGACCCUGGUUCCCUUUUCUAUGCUUGUCCUCGCACCCUGCUCGGUCUGCCCAUUGUCAUUCAGCACAUCCUCCAUUGUUCCCGUUUCUCACUCUGUCACCACCAUGUUGACUACAGAAGCCACAAGCCUCAGGCCUGUGGCUAAGUUGCCAUGCUACUAGAAAGUCGUGCUUUCUCUUCUCUAGCCAUUUUCCUGCUUCCUGGGAAAAAUAGUCGCUCUCUGUAGCAGUACCAAGUUUCAGUGGAACCCAAUCUCUGCCCUGAGAACUGGCAUUGUAUCGGACGAUACAUGGAGAGAUCAAUCGGACGGUACAUGGAGAAAUCAAUUGAAAUAAAAAAUUUUUACUUUCACAA